CUGCGUCAUUGGGCUCCGGUCCAAUCGUUGAAGUAGCCGCCGCGUUAGACUCCGCCCCCUUGAGAAACCGCCAUCAUGAACUGAAAAACAGACGCCGACAGCUGAGACGCAUCUCAAAGCUUCAUCAGUGAAACCAGGUUUAACUGAUACUGGGUCAAACUGCUACAGAGCAGAUAUGAGCGACGUGGCGGACGAAGCGAUGGACAGCUCUGCAGUGUCCGAGGAAGAAGUGGAGGACCAGCAGGAGACGUCGCAGGAGGACCAGACGAGUCCAAACAAGAGCCGCUCCAAAAUAUCCGCUGUGGGUGAAAUCCUGGAGGGAAAGCGGACAAAGAAGACUGUGGAGCGACUCGACUUCCAGGCACCGAAGCAAAUGGAGAAGCUCAAGAUUGGAGAUGGCAGUGGAGAUAAAUUAGGAGAUAUUCCUCGCACCAGCUACCAGAUCACCAAGAUGAAACCGGCUGAUCUGAAACCUCUGCAUGCCGUCCUAUUCGACAGACCGGGAAAGAUUUCCACGCUAAAGAAGAACCUGCGGCUGUUUAACGGAUUUUCUUUUGAUGCCGACAGCGAACAGUACAAUAAAAAACGAGAAAAACUUCUCAAGAGUUCAAAUUUUACCAACCCCAAGCUGAAGGUCAUGUGCAGCGUUCUGGAUCUGGAGAAGAAAGGGACCCACUCAGAUCUGGUGGACAGGAUCCUGACUUUCCUCGUGGCACCGAAAAACAGCGGGAAGCGCCUUCCCGUGAAGAAGAAGAGGAAAUCGAAGAAGAAGCUGUCAGGCGACGAUUCAAAGGCCAAGACCAAGAAGAAGAGCAAACCUAAAGCCCGCAGCUCAUCGUCCAGCCCCAAGAAAUCCAAAGCAGGAAGCAAAUCCAAAGCCAUCGUCAUGGACUCGAGCAGCGACGAAGAUGAUGACGAGGAAGAUGAGAGGGCCGGAGCUUCUGCUGAGGCUGAGGGAUCAGAUGCUGAGGAGAAACCAUCGGAGAAAGACGAGGACCAGUCGGACAAGUCAGAGGAAUCUGGAGACGAAGAGGAGGACGACGAAGAUGAUGAGGAUGAGGAUGAUGAUGAUGAGUCUCCCAAAUCCAAGUCCAGCAGAGGGAAAGCUGCACCCAAGAAACCGGUGAAAAGACAGAGAGCACCCGCAAAGAAGGCGGGUCCUCCUAAGAAGAGAGCAAAGAAGGAAGCUUCAGACGAGUCGGAGUCUGACGCCAACAGUGAUGAUGAUGAAAAGCCCAAACAGAAAAAGACUGCUGCAGCCAAACCUGCUGCCAAAACAAAGAAGGCUGACAGCAGCAGCAACAGCAAGACCAACACAAACACAGCGGAGGACAGUACGGACGACGACGAGCCGCUCAUCAAGAUGAUUAAAAAAGCUCCGAGCGACGAGCAGCUGAAGGAGACGGUGCAGAGUCUCCUGAAGGAGGCCAACCUGGAGGAGAUGACCAUGAAGCAGAUCUGCCAGAGGGUGUUUGACACGUACCCAGACCACGACCUGACCAGCAAGAAGGACUACAUCAAACAGACAGUCAAAUCUCUCAUCACAUGAAGACCUGGAGAACGAGGUUGCUGCAGAACUCCACGAGGAGGAAACUUCUUUGCUUUCAUAUCAUGUUUGUUUUCAGCUGUUGACGAUGUUUUUUAUUUGUGUGACUCCUGUUGAGCUUUUCACUUUAACUCUGCAGCAUUCUUGAACUUUAACACGUGUCGAGUCCGAAACAAGGAUUUGAUUAAGUAGCAAAUUAUCUUACAAAACUAGUAGACAAAAAAGUAUUUUUUAUAUUGUAAGCAACUCACGAAAACUAAAAUGUGUAAAGAAAAAUGAACCAGGAUCAAACCGUCGGCUUUGUUUGAAUUAUUGCUGCAACUUCAGUUUGACAAACAUUCAGCCUCAUGCAAAAGAAAAGUUUUUUUCAGGUCAGACUGAACAGCAGUGGUUUGGAUGAUGGAAAAAUUAAUCUGCUUUAUUUUCAUUAAAAUUGAAGCUCAUCUUUGCGUUCGACUUUGUUCUUCACAUUUGUUUCUGGAUAAAAGUCUGUACAUAUGUUUCUAACUAGGUGAAGAUAUUUUUGAUUAACGCUGUUCAUUCGGGAAACAGUUCUCUUCUGGAUAUUUUGUUUCUCAUUAAUUUAGUUAAAACUGUCACAUGAAGUGUGCUGAAUGAUUUACUCACUGAUUAAAGUUGUACCUUUUUGAACAA